AUGGAAAAGAACAUCUGCUAUCGGCAACGAAGGAGAAAAGAAGUCGUCUACGACGAUUGCGUACUCGAGGACUUCUUGUCCCAAGGUGACUGGCACAUUGAGGAGGACGCAAACGUGGACUACGAGAUGCUGCUCAGAGGAUUACGAGCCUGCGCUGAACGUGCCUCGAAGCCGCGCACGACAAACUUGGAUCGAAUUUCGAAGACCACCAAGGAAUUGUUGGAAAGAAGAAGGGCAUUGAGGCUUGAUCCGAAUGCAUCGCACACUGAGCGGUUAGUAGCAAACACUAGCUGCAGAAAAGCGUUGCAGGAGGAUCUUUUGAAGUACAGGCAGAAUAAGAUUCUAGAAGCAGCACAAAGAAGAACGACUCUAAAGAAGUGCCGCAGAGAUCUCCGCGAAUAUAAUAUUCCGCUAGCAACCUUGCUGAGCGAAGACGGGACUCGCACGUCUUCUCGUCGUGAGAUGGAAAUCAUUACGGAGAGGUUCUACUCGAACCUGUUCCGUUCAUCAACUCCUAUGUCAAGCCCGAUCAUCCCCACUGGCAAAGCUGCAUUGCAAUGGAUAAUGAAAUCAUUAUCCUGGGAAGAAAGGGGCAUACGUGUUGAUGGAAGAUUUCUCUCGAACCUUCGUUUCGCGGACGACAUCGUUGCCUUUUCGAGCAGUACCAAUGAAGCAGAAACGAUGCCCAACGAAUUGAACGAAGUAGGGAAGAGAAUAGGACUACGAAUAAACAGAAAGAAGACACAGUUCAUGAAGAACGCCCACUGCGAGGACGGAGGAGUACAACUUGAAGGCUUCCAAAUCGUGGAAACUCCGUCAUACGUAUACCUCGGACGUUCUUUGAACAUGAAAAACGACUUGAACGAAGAACUGAAUAAAAGAAUGAGAGCAGCAUGGGCAGCAUUCGCAGCCGUCAGGGAAGCUACGGGCCAACUGACGGACCAUGAUCCUCGUGCCCAUCUGUUCGACUCGACAGUCCUUCCAUCGCUCUGUUACGCAGCGGAGACGUGGGCAGACACCGCGGCCACGUCUAGGAAACUAUUUACUACCCACAGAGCCCUUGAGAGAUGUCUCCUGAAGUUUAACCGGCGCACACAACACCUUGCCGGCCUUCGUAGCUCCCACUUAAGAGGAAUGUCCCGUCUUCGCGACCCAACGGAAUAUGUAUCGAAAGCAAAACAUAGAUGGGCCGGUCACAUCAUGAGAAGAAUCGACGGUAGAUGGACUGAACGCUAG